AUGCUGAUAGACCACUUCUAUACCUUCUCUGCGCAGGGUGACGUACUUAUAUCACGUACAUUUUUACAGUACAAUAAUGAGCGCCUCCAAUUGCCCGAGACUCUAUUCAUUGAUUACUUAUCUGACCAGAAAAACGUGGCUCCUGUCUUUAGUGUACCACUAAAAGAUGGAAACGUAUACUUUGCGCACAUAAGACGACAAGAUAUGAUAUUCGUCCUUACAACAUACAAGCCAUUACCUCCCAGCUAUCUAAUUGACCUACUCUAUCGCAUAACAUGUGUGUUCAAGGACUUUUUUGGAGUACUAAAUGAGGAGGCUAUUCUUAAAAAUUUUUUUUUGGCAUAUGAACUACUUGAUGAGAUUAUUGACUUUGGAUACCCUCAAUGCACCUCAACUAAUCUGUUAAAGGACAGAAUCCACAAUUUUCCUACUCCUCCAAUUGAUGCUCACUUCCACCCAAUCAACAAGACUUUACCCAGCACCGCAUCGCAGAGGCCUGUUGUAAUCAAAUCAUGUGAGAAGUUACAAAAAAACAUAACUCUAAAAAAUCAUUUACAAAUAUUUUCACCGCAACCAUUUGCUAGAGAGUAUUCUGAGGAAGUGUUUAUUGACGUGGUGGAGCGGCUUAAUGUUAUGCAAACAGGAGCUGGUAAUAUUGAAUAUGCGACCCUCGAUGGGUCUAUAGUUGUUAAAAAUUUUCUAAAAGACAAUCCUUUACUUAAAAUUGGUUUGAGUGAUCACAUAUCAUCAAUUCCCAUUGAGGAAAUUUUGUUCAGCUCCGUUGUUAACUAUCAGAGGUACGCUAACGACCAAAGCCUGGAAUUCCGUCCUCCUGAAGGUGAAACUAAACUCAUGAACUAUACAACUUCUAACAAUAGAUUGUUCAAAGUUCCUCUGAAUGUAUCUUGUAAUAUUGAAUUUAUUGACAAGGGGCAGGUUAAUCUUACCGCUACCAUAGUCUGUACAUUACUACAUCAUUCUUGCGGGCCCAUAAUUGCAAAAUGUCCCCUCCAUCCCAAAACAACACAAGUUUCACUCCAUGCAAACAAUGUGGCAAAACAAACUUACGAAUAUGAUGCCACUAAUAAGUUGUUGAUAUGGAGAAUUGAAGGUUUAACUUACGAAAGGAGUGUCGUACUUAGUGCCUUAAUUUCAAUGGAAGGGCUCUCCGCAUCCGCCGAAGCCAUUAAGAAACAGAUUGGCCCUAUCGCUUUGACAUAUGAAGUACCGAUGUUCACUUCUACAUCACUGCAAGUGAUAUACUUGAAGAUGAACACUAUCAACCAGCACUUCAGGUGGAUUAGAUAUGUAACUAUGUCCAGCUCUCACUUGUAUCGCAUUUAA